AUGGCACCAGCGGCCUCGUCUCCAUCUGUGUCUCAUUUCAACGAACCCUUCAUAUCGGCUCUCGAUGCCGCUGCACCCAGCAAUGCAAGUGACGAUCCAAGUUACUAUGCCCGAUAUCCCCGGUCUCUCAUCACUACAUCGAAUAUCGACACAUUCAUGACCGGGACCGGGUCAUCCAUCUAUGAAUCUCUUGCUCCCCUUCUGGAAUCAGCCGAUCACGAGCUCAUUCUCGUAACCUGUUUCUGGGCCCGAUCAGCCAGCUUGGACACUCUCAACAGCGUGCUAAGAAAACUAUCAACCAAGGCCAUAAUCCGGGGAACGCAAAAGAUCAGAGUCCGACUUUGUUUUUCCUCUAGCUCCAUCUUCCAGAAGCUCUUCCACAGCCAAGGCGUCACUGGUCAGACAUAUCCACCCUCGACAUGGGUAAAGAAGCUCGGCCUCCCCGACCCUUCAGAACUCCACGGCCUCAACCUGGAAAUCAAAUCCAUCUUCCUCCUUCCCUUCAGCGUCAUGCACCCCAAAUUCAUCAUCGUGGACCGCAAAACCGCCGUACUCCCCAGCUGCAACAUAAGCUGGGAAGAGUGGUUCGAAGGCGCCAUCACCCUCACCGGCCCCAUCGUUAUGCAAUUCCUAAAAUUCUACCGCUCAUUCUGGGAACGCAAAACAGACGACGCCUCGCCCAUCCCCCCAUCCACCUCUUCCUCCACCUCCUCAAACCCCCCUCUCCCCCAACCCAAACAAACCCCCUCCCUAAAAUCCCACCUUACCCUCUCCGCCCCCGAAACCCCCACAAUCUUCCUGCCCAGCCCCCACCACCGCAACCCAACCUUCUCCCCCCUCACCUCCUCCUCGCUCCUCUCCGCCCCGCCAACCCCGCUAAACCUCUUCAUCCUCACCCUCUUGUCGAAAGCCGAGCGCAAAAUCACAAUUCAAACCCCCAACCUGACGUCGCCGCCCGUCCUCUCCGCCCUCGUCCGCGCCCUCGCCCGCGGCAUCGACGUGCGGAUCCUGACGAGCAAGCGCCUCAUGAUCCUCGAGCAACUCGUCACCGCGGGCACCACGACGGCACGGUGCAUCAGGAAGCUGAUACGCCGGUACCGCGCCUUGUCGUCUGAGCGCCAGCGCUUGAUCGAUGAAGAGUCGGCCAUUGCGGCCGGCCACCCGGGACGCCUCGUCGUCUCGUAUUGGACGCCACUCGGCGGCAGGAAGCCCAGGGGCGACGAGGCCGGCGAGGCCCAGCAGUCGCAUUUUAAAAUGCUCAGUGUAGAUGACGAGGUUGUCGUGCUGGGCUCCGGCAAUUUGGAUCGCGCGAGUUGGUUCACGAGUCAGGAGCUUGGCGUUGCGUUUUUCGGGAAAGACGUGGUCAGUGGCAUUUUGGGCGCGGUCGAGGCGGGCGCUAGAGGCAGGGCCAAGGUCGUCUUUGAUAGUGGUCUGGUCGAGUAA